AUGGCUGAAGACCGGUUCUGUGUGGCUGAGAGUUUCCGUACAGUGGUUCAUCUCAUCGACUUCGGUCUCGCGAAGAGACUGGACCCGGAGAGGCCGAGGCUUGGGCCACGGCGCAGCCUCGUGGGCACUGCCCGCUAUGCCUCGAUUUGUGCUCACGAGGGGGCAGAGCAGGGUUGCAAAGAUGACCUUGAAGCCUUGGCUUAUGUACUCAUUUACCUAGCACUGGGCGAGCUGCCCUGGCAGGGCAUCCAGGCCGAGUCCAAGGAGGAGAAGCAUGAGAAAAUCAUGGAACUCAAGCAGCAGAUCUCUGUGGAGGAGCUGUGCAAAGACUGCCACGACGUUUUUGCCCGCUUCCUCCGGUACACCCAGGGCCUCAAGUUCCAGGAGAAGCCCGACUAUACGUUUAUCUACAGGCUCUUCCGAGAUACCUUGUCCGUGGAGGGCCUCGAAAACGAUGGCCAGCUUGACUGGCUUGCGCUGCCUGAAAAGACCGUGAGUGCUUCGAGAAGCAUGAGCUCCUCCAGACUGGAUGCGCCCAAACAAGGCCGUUCGACGAGCCGGAAUGUCGAGAAAGGAGGACAUCGACGGAGAGAGCGGAGUCAAAUCAAGCGACAAGUCACGCCGGGACAGUCGGCGAAGACGCUUUGCACUUCGACGAAAGCUUCGUCCAGGGAGCGGGAGACGGUGAGGAUGUUGCUCCUGGAGUGUGAGCGGCUUUGGCUAUUGUACUUGGCAAGGUGGACCGAGCUCUACCGUCAUGUGAUUGGCGUGGUGCAUACCAACUACCAGGCCUAUCUGGAGAAAAUGGAGUACGAGGGACUGAUGAGCAGUGCCACGAUCCGUGACAGCCUGUUCUCAACCUUCACGACGAUGGUCUGCAGCGCGUACUGUGAUGUGACCAUCAAGCUCUCCUCAGCAGGGAUGUCUCUCCCCAACGAGGUGAAGUACAACGUGCAUGGUGUGCGGAAGGAGUUCUUCGAGGGCGCGCGGCGCGCCGAUGUGAAGCGGAAGAGGCUGCGCCUGAAGCCCCAGAAGAGCGCCAACCAGGUUUAUUUCAUCGGGAAGGCUGUCAAGCCAAAGGGAUGGGUUAGACUCAUCAAGCUGCUGGGCAAAUUGCCAGCCGGAGAGGGCUGGGCUGACUUCGCCGUGGAUGGCUUCGGAUCUGGUGCGGAUGCAGAGGAGAUUCAGGCAAUGGUAAGGACCUUGAACGAGGAGCGCAAGACCGGUCAUCCGAUAAUGCACAUGUCUGCGGGCCUUGACCAUGCGGACAAGCACUUCGACCAGUACAAGGUUCUCCUGAAUCCUUCUACGACCGAGAUGCUGUGCACCGUCACGGCGGAGGCACUAGCACUUGGAAAGCGGGUGGUGCUGCCCGACCAUUCGUCCAAUGCGUACUUCAAGGCAAACUUCGCCGACAGAUGCCAUUUCUUCGACCUGCAGGAGCUUGGCUCCUUUGAAGCGGCCCUACAGGAGGCUCUCGGCGCAGAGGGCCCAACGCCGCUGCUUGCUGAGGCUGAGGAGAAGCUCCGUUGGGAAACGGCAUCGGAGAGGUUCUACGAUGCAGCGCAGGUGCACGUCCUUUCAGGCAGGCUCUCCCGGCCAUCAGAGGCCCGAGGAGCAAAGCUAGCCUACGAACUCCACAGCCGCUUCCAGACGGACACCCCGGCCAUGUCUGCAGCUUUGAAAUCUGCCACUUUGAAGGAAUCUGGCUCGUGGGACACCGUGCUGGAGAGCGGCCCCGGCAGUGACCUGCUGAAACGGCUGAAGCGUUUCACCAUGCUGGAGCAGACCACAGACUUCGAUGUGUUGCCCUGCGCCGAGCAUAUGACAUAUUCUGGUCCCGGAUGUUAUGACACGUUUUCCAAAGUCAACGAGGCUGCAGCCAUGGGCGGCGUGACGUCCAUCGCUGAUUGUGUUGGUGAGAACGAGCUGCCGAAGGCUCGCCGCUUGCCACCGAGUAAACUGCGAGGAGGCUUCAUGCAGUCUAUCCUGGAUUCAGACGCAUGCGGAUUCCAUUCCCGAUGCGAUUGCGCUGAAGCGAGUUUCUCCGGCGAGCGCCAGAAGUACCGAAUGAACAAGCCUCGUCGCGACUCGCUGCUUGAGGAGCUCUUUGCUGCUCACGAUCUAAACAAGAACGGACUCUUGGAGGAGUUGGAACUUAUUCAGCUGAACAAGAAGAUUGUUCUGCUCCACUAUGGUCGGAACGCGGACCUGGAUGCGGUCAAGAGUAAGUAUCAGGACAUUUUUCGCAGAAACCUGAGCACCACUGGGGAGCCAGUCAACUUCCCCGUCUUCCGCGACUACCUUCACCAGGUUCUCAACUCCAUCGAUCCGGAUCCUACUGCGCAGGAGAUGAUAUUGGAGCAGUGGCUGGCGGAGGCUCAAGCUGCCCGCCUGAUGUUCCACAUGCCGUCUGUGAUGAGCAUGUCGGAUCUGCCUUUCCUGUCCACGAUCUCCUUCGACCAGGAUGACCUGGAAUACAAGCCUUCAAGCCGGCGCUCGGUGGACACGGCUUCCACAACGGCAUCUGUUUCUAUGCCAGUCACCUCAACGGCACCUAUCCGCUGCACCUCCUUCGUCCACGCCGGCCCACCGACGGAGGACGAGAAGGCCUAUUUUCGAGCAUGGACCUGCCCCUCUGCUUGCAAAGUCGGCUUCCGCAAGGGCAGGAGAGUAGCGCUAUGCGGUUUGGGAUCAGGCUGUUAUCUGUGUUCAAGGGCACUCCAGCGCAGAAGGCUUCAAAUUCCGCUUGCUUCUCCAGCCUGUUCAGAGGCCGGGGCUCGCACUUGUCCGAGCUAA